GAAAGCAGCACGGCUACAGUUCACGGAGGCGGGAACGGGGUCUGUUUAGGUGAUGGUGGGAUAUCUCUGUCUCUGCUGCCAUGGAUGAUCUGUUUACCUGUGAGGACGCAGCCACGUGGAGGACUGUGUAUGAGAAAUAUUGGAGUGUAGUGGAGGUCAAGGCCAAAGGCAAGAAACCUGGGAAGCUGCUGAACCUUGACAAAUGGUACCAGGAGGAGCUGCCUGCGCUCAUCUCAAGUCGACCUGACAAACAUGUCACCCUGUCCGACCUGGUGAAGCUGAUGGAGUGGAAGCUCACUAGAGGGAAGUUCAGGCCGAGGCUGCAGCAGCUGGUGGCGUCCAACAGUGAGGACACAGUGGAGAAAUGUUCCAGAAAAUCCUUCAGCCUCUUGCCGAACGUGCAGGCCGCCAUCGCAGAGCUCAGCUCCCUGAAAGGAGUCGGCCCUGCCACGGCUUCAGCUGUGCUAGCGGCAGGCGCUCCAGAACAGGCUGCAUUCAUGUCGGAUGAAGCCAUGGAGAGUGUACCAGGCCUGAAACCCAUCCAGUACACGGCCAAGCACUACGCUCUGUACCUGGACAAGAUGACGGAGAGGACUGAAAAGCUGAACAAAGUGGAUCCGCAGCAGGACUGGACGCCCCACCGGCUGGAGAUGUGUUUGUGGGCAAUGGCCGUAGCCAAACAGCAGCAGCUCCAGCUUCUAAAGGAUGUCGACUUGAAGGGCAGCAAUGUCCAAGAGAAGCGGUCAGACCCAGACCAUGACACUGACAAGAGACCAGUAAAGAAGCGCAGAACUGUAUAAAAUGUUAUAUGAAAGCUGCUUUAAUGUUUGUAAUUUUUAUGUUUUUUCUUAUAUAAUAAAGGAUUUAUAUGAACACAAUGA